UUGUCUUCUUCCGUUAAAAGCGCGGGGACUCGUGUCCCGUGGCGCCCGCCCCUAACUGCGGGGUUUGCAGUAGGAUGGCAACAACCACCUUUUUCCGAGGGACACCGUGUUAAAGCUGCACACUCGGACUCCACUGCUUAUGUCUUAUCUUCACACUCGAGGCGGCUGACUGGGCUGGAGAGAGAGAUCUCGCUGCUCGUACUUCUCUCGUUCACUCGGUCAGGCUGCGUGCAAACCUUCUUCCACGGUUUAAUUUCCGUAACGCACUCGGUCCGAGCGCGCGGAGCUUGGCGGAGACCCGCCGUAGAAGAAAAGUUCUGCUGCAAAAGUUGUGGCUGAGAAAAAAAGGGUGACAGCCUCCUCCUUUACCGCGUCCCCCUACCCCAAACUACCACAAAUACCCAGACAGGGUUGACAGUGGUAGGGUACCCUGAUAAAUGUGACGAGUGCUGUCUGGUAACGGAGCUUUUUCUCUUUGUCGGAAUCGGUGCAACAGGAGACUAAGACUAUUACACUGGACUUGAGAUUUUUGCCCGGUUUGCUUUUUGCCGAAAUAGCGACCCAGCUUGUCCUCCUUCCUCCUCGCAGCCCCUUGCCACAGUCGCCGACGAUGCCAGCAGUUCCUGGUGGGGAUCGCCGGCGGAGGCGGUGAUGGCCCCGACCGAGCGCUGCGCCGUAGUGUGGGCGAGAAGCGUGCACCUUUAAGCGCAAGGCGCGCGCCAGACAGACGUCCUUGUGAUUUGAGCAAGUUGAAAGAACUCACCUGUUGCACCUCACCUGUCGGUGUCGUCCGAUUGUGCCCCCGCGGAGUGUGGGCCCCCGAGCGUAUGUGGAUUUAUAGAGUGUGGCGACACAGCUACCGACCGUGUCGUCGUGCGCUUGAAAGAGAGAGGGAGGGAGAGAAAGACGAGGCCCACCCACCACCACCACCACCCUUGGUGGGCCUCGAGAGGCGAGGCUGACCUCUUGACCCGCCGCGCGUCAGGCGCGUGUGGUGGAUACUGCGGACGGACAGCCGGACCGUUCGGGGCGACUGGAGCUGGAGUCUGUGGGCCGGGCUCGCCGGGACUUCAUGCGGGGCUCGCCGCCGUGGGCAGGAUUGCGGCCCUCACCGGACGCUAGCUGACCAUGCCCGCUGCUACUGCGGCCUGCACCACCGCUCUGGCCAUCCUGGCCGGCCUGGUGCUGAGGGGGCAUGGGUCAGUGCAGAAAGCAGACCAAGAUCGCUUGGAGCAAACGGCACGUGCUACAAAUGAUUUUGAGAUCGUGUUUCCAGUCGUGUGGGACCAGGAGGAGCGCCUCCCCCUCCGCGCGCUGCACGAGAAAUGGCGACACAAGCGCAGCGUGCGCUCCCCAGCUGCCCCCUCGCCAUCCCUGGGCGUCAAUGUCACGGCCUUCGGGCAGCUGUUCCAGCUGCAGCUGUCGCCCAACGAGGAGUUGCUGGCACCGGGCUUCCGCAUCUACCAUCGCUACUCGCACACUGUCGGCCACAGUGACGAUGCUGACCAGGACGUGGCCGGACAGGUGGACUCCCAGGUAGCAUCCCAGGAGGAGGUGGACAAAGAAAUGUCCUGCCACUUGUCCGGCAGCGUCCGCUCUCAUCAGGAUUGGCCCGCAGCCAUCUCCAUCUGCGGGGGAAUGAAAGGCAUCAUCCGCACUCCAGACGAGGACUACAUCAUCGAGCCGUUGGUUGAUCACGUGAUUCCAGAUUUGAACGGUCAACCGCCGGACGCUGCUGAUGAGUCCCACCAUCUACCUCACAAACUGUACAAACGCUCAGCAAUGGCUCAGCAGCCAAGCACGUACUGCGGGGUCAAGGACAAAGGCUCAACGCGACGCCAGAAGAGAUUUUCUGAAAGCCACACAGUCCCAUCACACAUAUCGUCGCACCUAUCAUCAUCAUCUCAGCCUUCACCAUCAGCAGAAGCCCCACAGCCUCCCAGACGCAAAAACGUGGACGAUCUCAAGCAGCCCAAACACCACGUGCACUACAUCGACACCAAGGACCACAUCUACCGAGACGCUCUGGCCGCGGAGCAGCUGACCAGCCUGCAAGACAUCCUGCUGACGACCACCGGUGACGUCAUAGAAGGUGGGGCUGCGAGCCCGGCUGGUCAAGUAGAGGGACGAAAGGCAGGGAUGCAACGGGCGCGACGACGGCGCUCGCUCAGCAAGUGGAAGUAUCUGCAGCGGGCCUCAGAGAAAACCAUGGAGAUGCUGGUGGUGGUGGACAAGACGAUGCUGCAGCGCCAUGGCAACAAGAACGUCACCACUUACACCCUGACCCUCUUUAACAUGGUAUCCAAGCUCUUCCAGGACUCCAGUCUGGGCAGCACGAUCCACAUUGUCCUGGUCGGUCUCAUUCUGCUGGAGGGAGACGAGCCCGGCCUGUCCAUAGGACACCACGCGGAUAAGACGCUGAAUAGCUUCUGUUCCUGGCAGUCGGUGCUGCUCGGAGCCAACGGCCGCCAACAUGACCAUGCCGUGCUGCUGUCCGCCACCGACUUCUGCUCCUACAAAAACUCCCCCUGUGACACUCUGGGAUUUGCACCUAUUGGAGGAAUGUGCAAUCAGAUCCGUAGCUGCACCAUCAACGAAGACACGGGCCUGAACACAGCUCUCACCAUCGCACACGAAGUGGGACACAAUUUUGGAAUGUUCCAUGAUGGAGAGGGCAACUACUGUAGGCAGACUGUCGGUUCAAUAAUGGCGCCAACCCUUAUCAGCAAAGAUGGUACUCUGCAGUGGUCUGUCUGCUCCCGGGCAUACCUUUUACGAUUUCUGAACACUCCACAAUCCACCUGCUUGGAUGACAAAUCCACACAUGUGGCAGAACUUAGGUUUCCAGAUCGUCUGCCUGGACAGCUGUAUGAUGCGGAUGUCCAAUGCAAGUGGCAGUUUGGCAGCAGUGCACAGCUGUGCAUGUAUGACUUCGGAAAGGACACUUGCAAGGCUCUCUGGUGUUACCGUGGAAACAAGAGAUGUGAAACAAAGUUUCUGCCUGCUGCUGAAGGCACAUCAUGUGGGGCUGGUAAGUGGUGCCGAGAUGGAGAGUGUGUGAAGUAUGGAUCAGAGGGUCCAAUGCCAAUUGAUGGGAACUGGUCAGCAUGGAGUGAAUGGUCAGCCUGUACCCGCACUUGUGACCAAGGAGUGCAGACUCGUGAGCGCGAAUGCAACAACCCACUACCACAGUAUGGAGGAAGGCCAUGUCAAGAUGAGGUCAAACAGCACAGGUUAUGCAAUGUGCAGGCAUGCUCAGAACAGAGUGACUUUCAUACCACACAGUGCACACAGUAUGACAAAAAGCCAUUUCGAGGGUGGUAUUUGCACUGGAAGCCUUACAAGAAACUCUACGAUGCACGAGAACCAUGCAGUCUGUACUGUAUGGCAGAAACUCUAAACUACAUCUUCACCAUCAAACAUCAGGCUCUGGAUGGAACCAGUUGCUCUUUGGAGGGUGGAAUCUGCAUUGAAGGUUCUUGCCAGACUAUAGGUUGUGACUGGAAAAUCAACUCUUCUGCAAAAGUGGAUAUUUGUGGUGUGUGCCAGGGGGACAACUCCACAUGCCAGUUGAUAUCUGGUGAAUAUUCACAGCAGCCUGAACUUAACUCUUAUUUUCCCAUUGUUGUGCUGCCUAAAGGAGCUCGCCAUAUCAGGGUACAUGAGAAAUCUAUAUCAUCCAACUACUUAGCCAUUCGUAACAUUUAUGGCCAGUAUUAUUUGAAUGGAGACCGAAGAGUUGCAUGGCCUGGCAUUUACACGCUAGGUGGUGCUUCUUUCCAGUACAGACGCCCUUACAAUGAACCAGAAACUCUGGACUCUGUGGGUCCACUAGAGGAGGAUAUUAUUCUUGAGAUUUUGGUACAGGACAGCAACCCUGGAGUCUUGUAUCAAUAUACAAUUCCACACUCACAUGGUGAGAUCGUAGCACCUUCAUUAAACUACACAUGGAAGGAGACUGCUUCAGCUUGUAGCCAUUCAUGUGCUGGAGGAACUAAAACAGUUUCCACACAAUGUGUGAGAGAUCAAGGUGACAAGGUAGAUGCACAUUACUGUGAAGAAGCCAACAAACCAGAGACAGGCAUCUUUCAGUGCAACAUGCAUCCAUGUCCCCCAAGCUGGAUUGCAGAUGAAUGGUCACACUGUUCAAAGACAUGUGGAGAAGGAAGGCAGGUCCGCAAAAUGCAGUGCAAACAGCAGGUGACCCAGCACAAGGACCGCAAACUACGCAAACAUCUGUGCAAACACUUACCAAAGCCAGCCACACGGCAGUUUUGCAACACUGAGCCAUGUCCACCACAGUGGCAGCCAAGGUGGACGGUAGAGCAGUGGACCAAGUGCUCUAAAUCUUGCGGUGGUGGUAUGCAAGUUCGCAAAGUUUUCUGUCAAAAACCAUUGUUUAAAGAGAAAAACCAUAAUGUAGGGAGACAUUUCUGCAAACACCUGCCGAAACCUGCCAAACGACAACACUGCAAUGUUCACGACUGCCUUCCAGACUGGCAUGCUGGUCACUGGUCCGAGUGUUCUGUGACAUGUGGCGAAGGUAAACAGCUGCGUAAAGUGGCAUGUCAAAUCACUUCUCGUUACCCUCACAUGAUAGUGAAAGAAGAGAUGUGCAAUGUCACCACAAGACCUGUGACUGCUCGCAUUUGCCAGCGCCACGCAUGCCCUGUCAAUAUAUCAUGGAAGUUCACAGCUUGGGAGUCGUGCUCAGUGACAUGCGGAGAGGGUGUUCAAGAACGAGAAGUAUGGUGCAGUGAUGGUCAAAGCCGUCGCAGCGAUCAUAGGUGUGCCCACCUGGUGCAGCCCCCUUCCACAAAAAACUGCACCAUGGCCAGGUGUCUUGAACCCACAGCUAAAAUUGUGUCUUUCAAUACACCUAAAGGGCAUAUUGCAGGGCCAGUUUGCAAGGACUUGGAGCAAUGGUGUCACCUAGUGCGGCAACAUCGGGCCUGUGGACAUGCAUACUACCGUCAGAGCUGUUGUCAAACCUGCCUCGGACCUUAAGGAGAUUAGCCUGCUUCUUCCUCAUCCCCGCCCCAAACCAAGGUGCAAGCCCAGGACUUAUGUGGUGAUGAGAGCAUCGUCUCUGAGCUUUGAUUGUAGACAGCUCACAACAUGUUUCCACAUGAUAGGCUUGCUUAAUGAAAGCAAAGUCCAUGAGUGGUGCCUUUCACUACGGCAGUCUUUCUUGACCAAGUUGAAGAAUGCUUCAAACAGGACAGAGACCAGACUACAAAACGGAAAUGUUUUUUUUUUAAAUGUAACAGAUGGCCUGAAGCUUCCUUCUUAAAGGAAAACAGAGGACGGACUUCUGUCUUUGGAGAAAUGCACACUGACCUCAGAUGAAAUACAAGUCUUCAAACUGGCAUUGAAGAGAUGGCUGCUUGUGCUGUUCAGUUCAAGUUGAGGACAGACAAGUUUGUGGACGGAGAUGUAAGCUGGAUUGAUUUGAAAUCUACUGCAAAGUGUAGCAGAUAUACAAGACAACAGCCUCAGAAAAGCUGGGUUUAAGAAUCAUCUUGCUGAUGGCCUGUUUAGUCACAGUUCUUUGACCAGCACUAGCACUAUCACCUGACAUGGAAAGGGACACACCUAUGUUUAUCGAUAGUCAAUGGCUCACCAAGUUUAUCGAAUAGACUAGGUGCCACAGAAAGCAAAUCCCUGAUAAAAGUGGAUGCAUUUUGGAGGGCACUCUAGUUGACAUCAGCUCCAGGAUUCUGCUGAAAAUAAACUCUUCAACACCAUGGGUAGAACUUUGAUGAGAAAUUGAAGCUUCAUAAUAGAUCAUGCAGCUGGCAAGGUUUGAUAUUUUUUGUUUGUUGGAGUAGUACCACUUAAUUUCAUUUAAGAACUCCUUACAUGCUCCCAUCAAAAAUACUUCACAACGAUUACCAUGGUCAAAAGGUUUGAUCAGCUGUGCUCAGACGAAAGGACAAGUCCAUAGGAAGAAAAGGGCACUUUUCUGGGUACCUGAAAGAAAAAGGAAGUUGGAAAGACCAAAGAUAGCUUAGUGCUGAAUACAUGAGGCAGAGAUGAAUGCACUGAAUAGGACAUGGGCCAAAGACGGCCAAGUAUAGAUAAGAAUGGGAAACGAUUGUUGCAGCCCCACACGCCAAGGUGUAAAAGGAACAAAUGUUUCCUUAAGCAACUGUCUAGAGCUGUUUAUAACCUUAUUGUGUAGCAAGUGCACUAAAAGCUGCGAAUCAGUCAAGGUCACCCUCACAUCACUCAGGCAAACGAUGAAUAUUUGAAAAGGAUCUGUGUUUUCUUAAAUGGUUGACUGCCAAUUAAAAGGAUUGGGGUUACAUUUUCUUGUGAUUUGGACUGGCAGCAGUAAAAGGUGACAUCCACCUUUGAAAAAAGUGGAUUUUGAAAUCCAAAACUAACCAGAUUAAAUCAUUUUCUUAAAAGCACAUUUGCAUCCAGAUAUUAACAUGUCUGGUCAUCAGCUUUGUGUAUGUACUUUUCUCCAAGGCUUACAAUUUCACAUGGUAAGCUCUUGAGAAAUCUGCCAGAAUUGAAGCUAUGAAUUACAGUUCUUGAACAUGAAAAUAACAGACUAUCAGAGGCCGUGCAACUUCACUCAGGUUAUUAAACAGAAAUGACUAAAAGUCUUGUGGCUGUCAAGUCAAAUUGACACCACUAAGGGAGUGUGGACAAAAGAACAAGGAACUCAGCUGUUCACAAACAAUAGCAAUGUUGUAAGUUUUUGUAUAUAUAUAUAUGGUAAAAACUUGUAUAUGGGCCAGUUUAUAUUCACCUUUUGUGAAAUUCUGGUGAUUAAGAGAUGAUUUUGCAGCAACUGCUGGGGUAGCCUUAGCAAUUUUUUUUAAUCAAACCAUGUUGGUUGUCACCUUGACCAAGUUGUGGAUAAAUUCAGGUUGUACUCAUUAGAGGAAGCAGAUAACAGAGUGCUUAGAGCUUUGGCAUCUAAACCAAGAAGCAUGCCAAAUUCAUACUAAUGUGGCACUGGAACUUCCUCUAAUUGACCCACCUGUUGGGAAUGGGUACCUGAUUUUGGGGGGAAGGUAAGGGAUAGAGAAAAUGGGCACCACCCUACAUAAAGCUGGCCCCAAGAAGGGUUAAGUCUUUAACACCUCACUCCUCAGUGACCUAAACAAAUACAAGAGUUGGGCGACCUUUAUCCUACUGAUUUGAUGCACGUUGACAACAUAUUCGUUUUUUUUUUCUUACAACACUUUACAAGUUCACUCAGGACUUUGAUCAUAUCUGCCUCAGAUUUUUUGGCUUUUUGUUUUUCCUUUUUCUGAACAUUUUUUUUUUAGGGGGGAAUGAUAUCCACAUUAUGUGCAUAUAUGGGUGUGUAAAAGAAACCAGAGACUGCAUACCUUCAGUCACAUUGCAGGGAAAAAAACAUCUGUUGUGGAAAGGGUUUCUGGUUUCAGACCUAUCUUAUCAAGAGAGGGAAAUGAAAUGUGGACAGCAAACAACUAUGUGAUUGCCACAGCAGUCUACUAAAUGUCAUUUCCUCUUAACCCAUAUCUUCAGCAUCAAAAGACUAGCAUGCUGAACUAGGUACUGUACAACCUGCUCUUCAUGGAAAAGCCAUUUUUAGUGUAAAAUACCACACAAAAGCAAUGCAAUGAACAAGUCGCCAUCAUUACUGAUUUCUCGUUUUUGCCUGCUGAUUAUUUACAACACUGAUAUUGAAUCUUGUGACAUAAUACAUGUCAUGUGUAUAUUGCUCGUUUUUGUCUGUGCUAGCGUUUACAGUUCCUGAAAGCAUCUGUUCUGAUCAAGUUGUAUAAACUUCUUCAUGCAUAAACAUUUACACUUAAUAUUCUGUAGACUUUGAUGGCAGGUGUGAGAAUGUGGGUUUUUUUUUUUUAAAUGAGAUCAACAUUUAAGUACUUUGUUUCAAACGUUUCCAUUGCCAGUUUUAUUAGUUCUGUUUUGUGCUGCCUUCAGAUUGGUGUACACCAGAUGAGGUCCAUGAGAACCAUCAAAAGGAACUCGGGUCAAAGCUUAUGUAGAUGUGAGCUUCCACUUGCUUUACCAUAUGUGAGAGUCUUUGGCCCAAAUCAAUAAAAUAUUAAUGUUGCAUGAAGUUAUCCAAAUGGUUAUCAGACACAUAUAUAUAUAUCUGAAAAAUGUUUAAGGGAAGAGUUUGAUGAUUAUUUAAGAUGUUAUUUCUAAACAUGUGCUGCUGGCAGGGACCAUAUUGUAGGAUAGAGAAACUAACAUGUGGACAUUCAAUAACAAGCACCAGACCGAGUGUUGAAAGCAUUUGCUUGUGUUGUAUAUUUCUAUGUAAAACCACCUAACCACUCCAUUCUUUUUUUCCAACAAACAAGCCAAACACUAACAGGGAAAUUGAGUGUGUUAUCAUUUUGUAACUUUGCUUCCAAGAGGGUUAAAAAAAAAAACAAAAAAAAACCUGAUUACAAUGUCGUUGCUGUGCUUCCAGGAAUUACAUCUCAUCAUUUUUCUUUAUCAAUGUGCAUUCACUCUUUAAGGAAUUCUGGAUGAAGUUUUGGCUUCCUUAAUCAAGUUUCAUGCUUUUGCCAUAAAUGUGUUAGGUGCUGUGCACAUCUUCAGUCAUAUUUUCUGGCACAUCUCUAAUAGCCAUAUGGCUGGAAAGCUUAAGUAACACUAAGAAAUAGUAAUAAAGGGACUUUUCCCAUCACCAGCCAAUUCAUAGCGCUGUACAUACACACAGGCACAUGCAAAAUUAGAAACGCAGAGUUGUCACACAGCAUCCACCCCAUCACACCGGCACGAUGACUUUGUAGACUUUGAAGUUACAAGCGACGCUUUGUUCACUGAUGCGAAUGGAUCAACUCACAGCAGUCAUCAUAGCAAACACUGUCAUGGAAAAUGUGUACUAUCGGAUAAUAAUGGACAACUUUGUGAAUUAACUCUGUCACCAGAACACAAGACAGGCGGUAAGCAAUACUACUGAAACAUUUUUCAAAGUCAGUUAUCUCCCCUGUGCUGAUCCUCCCCUUUCGCUGUUACACCAUCAACUCCACAGCAUCUUCGGCAUUAGCUAGGCUAAUUUUUGAGGAAUCACUUGCUAGGUCUUCUCAUUUUUUUAUCUUCACUUUCUGUUGAGCAUUCUGGGUCGUUUUAACCUUUACAGGUUUUUUGGAGCAUUCAAUAGCUAGCUGUUGUCACGCUUGGCAAGUUAAUGUGUUGAGCUUGCUGAUCUGUGUUGUAACACCUUGUCACAUUCUACUGCCUCAUUUAUUGUAAUUAGGUUUUUAUGGCCACCUUUAACGAUUUAUGUUUACUAUAAUUAUAUUAAAAGCUGCUGACAGGAACGUAGUCUUGGUGUGUUGACAUCUGUAAUAUCAGCUGUCAUACAAAUCAUGUUUAUUGCCCAACUUCCAAUAAAAUAUUUAUCUGCAUCUCAGCUGCUACUCAGUGUGUUAUUGAGAUACAUAUCAACAUAAACUGAUGGCUUGAAAAAAUAAAAACCCCAAACUUUUUCUCUUAAGUUGUUCACCUUCUGCCAGACUUUAAGCCAAAAUUUACAAUUGACAGGAAAUGUGUUGCAUCUAUGGUCUAUCCUUGAAACUAUGACCUUGUUCAAGUAUAUGAAAAGCUUCUUUACAAUGUGGCGAUGACAACCUUGUAUAUCAGAGCUGAGGUGGGCUUUAUUCGAUUAUUUUUCAGGAGAAUAAUGACCUUUCUAGUGCAUAUUUUACAUUAACAAAUUUAUCAUAUACACACUAGUUAAUAAUCUUACUGCUUUCAGGAUCUGCCAGCAUGCUUAAUUGAACCCCACUGUAACAGCCCAGAACAAGUUAAACAAGGAAAUGGAUGCUACUUUAUCCAAAGUGUGGUACUGCUUGCAAAUGGAUGCACUUUGUCCUCUGAAAUACUAUGCCAAAAAAAAAAAA